GAGAAGAAACCCAUCAAACUAUGGAAUACACGAUUCAUCCUUUUGUGCAGAAGAUUCUUGGGAAACUUCAGUAAAAAGAAUAGAUAAAACAAGACAGUGGGGUUUUAAUACUAUUCUACAGGUGUUAGCAGACAUUUUUCUUCUGCAAAUCAGUAUUUUUCGUUUUGCUCAUAAUGAUAUUAGACAUUCCGUUAUAACAUCACAACGAACUGAAGAUGUGUUGACGAAAAAGAUUCACAUUUUUCUCGGUCAUAUUGGAGAGUUUCAUUUUUUUAGUCUUCGUCCUUUGACAUGGCAGACAGAAUUACCUUAUAGUAAAUCUUUUCUUCAUUAUAAAAAGAUAUAUACAAUAUAAACAAUAAAUGAGUAUUUCAAAAUAUUACGAUGCAUAAAUUUUUUUCAGAGUCUCAAAUACUUCGAUUGUUGGUGACAGGCUCUGAGAAAAAUGAAGAGGAAAGAAAAAAACUAUUAGACAGAAGAUUGACAUCAUUGUCGCAAGGACAUUUUCCGAUGUCAAAUUUAACCGAGUAUGUCCAAUUUGUCUCGCAAUGCAUUUCAUUUCAUGAAGCAAGACGUGCACAGCGAUCGAAACAUACGUAUUUUGAACACAUUUUCAAAUCCUACAGUGGGAGUGACCUACAGAUGGAAGAAUCCGAAGGCACGUAUUUUAAUCACUUUUUUUUCAUAAUUAUAACAUACCACAAUCAAAAUAAUGACUUUUCAGUGUAUAUUUAAACAGAAUUUCAGUUGCCUACCAUGUUUAAGAUUAUAUGUCGAAUUUGCUUUUAUUCCAAUUAUUGUCGUAUUUAAUGUUUGCAGAUAUUCGAAGAAAACUACUUGAAGAUCAGUCGCAAAUUGACCCUUUAUCGGGAAUACAUUUGUAUCAAUUGAGUUUUAUUAUGAAACAUAUUUUCCCAUAUAAAAUGUUUCAAGGUGGUUAUAUGACAUAUCAUUUAUUUGUGAUUGGUACAUGUAAAAUAUAUUAUCAUUAUCUUGGGUCCUUUGCGGACCAUAGCUGUCUAAUGCUGAGGGACAUAAGCCGCACCCAGAAAAUUCGCUACUUGCGAUUUAAACGAGGAAAAUCAAGGAAUAAAACAAGGGUUGCUGUUUUAAAGAUGGACGUGGUGGCCGUUUACGACAAUGAUUUGGUAAAUGAUGAGCCAAUGCCUGGACAUGUACAUGUAUUAGUUGACUCAUCAAAUACCCAUCCUGGAUACUGCAGACUGAGACAUUUAUCGUCCAUGCAAUUUGACAAUGAUGAUAACGUUUUGAAAAUUGGGUCUGAAAUAUAUCAAAAAGCAUACAGAAUAACAGACAGAUUGCGCUUAGAGGUAGACAUAGAAAACCUCAGAAAACUUCACUGUAUUGGAAUACCAUGCUAUACGUUUCCCUUUGGUCGUCGUUCGGAAGAAGGAAAAGAAAAAUCUGAUUUUCCGUCAAGAAAACUCAUUGCUUCUAUUAUCAGAACCGGCUGUACCUUGAUUCCCAAACACCACCCUAGAAGCUCAUGUCCAGAUGCAGAAUGGCAAUUUAAUUUUUCAAUGGCGGAAAACUUGAUAUUCAAUAGUUUUACAGUUGCACAGCGACAUGGUUUUCUUGUUCUCAAGGUCCUCCUUGAAAAUAUGCUGGACCACUUUUCUUUCAAAACAAAGCAUCUUAAAUCAGUAUUUUUUGUGGCGUGUGAAGAAAUGCCUUCUAGUGUUUGGGAAACAAAUUUCUGUGGGUGUUUACUUUUUGUGUUAGGCUCAUUGCUUUCUUGCUUAAAGGCAAGAUUCCUACCGAAUUACUUCAUACCAGAAAACAACCUCAUCGACUGCCAUAGUGAAUAUGAUGUCUACAAUUUGUGUACUAUUGUCGAAUACAUACGUCUUUUCCCUGCAAAUGUCAUUCAAAUUGUGGCUGAAAAAUAUGGGUAUACAUAUGGAUCAAACCUGAUCAAAUAUGUUUUGUCAAAUGUUAAAUACAACAUCGAUAAAACUACAGUGCUUGCAUCAUUCCAUGAUCAAGUCGGUCCUCUUACAAUUUCAACAGCAAAAAUAUGGGCUAAAAUGGGUUUCUACAGCACAUCUCUUGAUCUUCUAGAGGAUCGAUUUGAGCAAAGUCUUUUGAUUCCGCAGACGGAGAUGAGACAAACAUCUUAUAGUUUUAGAGAUUUUUUGGUGUCAGCGUUAAUGGAAAUGAAACAGAAAGCCUCUCGUGUCCUUCUUGCACGUACAUUUGAUAUGAUAAUGGGGUCAAAUGUAGAAGAUAUGAUUUUAGAAAAACAAGGAAUUUCCCUGCAGAUGUAUUUACCAUGGCCGAUAGACCCUAGAUUAAGUUGGAUCAAGUUUCCAUCUGCUGACAGCAGUGAUUUAACAACCGUAACACGAUUCUUGUAUGAAUACAGUAAAAGAGAAUAUUGGAGGCAAAAUAAAGUUCUUGCUGAACUUGCAAUAACUACAGCAAUUCAAUGUAUCCAAGAAACAUUGAAUAAGGAUAAUCUUAGCGAUGUACGAAAAAAGAUGUUAAAGAAAAAGCUCAUUGUGUUUUAUGUGCAUGUUUUUUGCGUUUCAACUAUGAAUUGGAAAUUAAGGCCAUUGAUAUAUCAUAUGGAGGACAAAGAGAACCUUUGCACUGAAUUCCCAGAAAUGGCACUGGUGGUCUCUUCGAUGUGUCGCUAUACUAAUCAACCUGAAAAAACUCGGAAGUAUACUGAAAUGAGCAGAUUAGGCGUAUUUGGAAGGGAUUCUGACCUUGCUUUAGAGAGUUCCCCCUAAAGCAUUUGAGGAGAAAAAAGAAAAAACUGUUUUAACAAAAGCAAAGACUGUUUCAACAAAAGCACUUUGAAUAUAUUUUACUUCAUUUUUUCGUAGGUGUUAUAGUUUUUAGCUAUAUAUAUAGAGGAUAUCUAUAUU